AUGCACGGGCUUGUAUAUGAAAUCUUCGAAGAGUGGGUGCUCGAGCAACAAGGAGUCAAGGCAUGGCACGCAAUCAAGGCAAAGGCAGGUUGCGAUGUCCAGGAUCAAUCCUUCGUCACAAGAACAUUUUACAGCUACGAUUCUUGGGUCAACCUCAUCACAGCUGCUGCUGAGGUGUUGAACUCUUCAUUCGAUACCAUUCUCGAGGAAUACGGUCACUACAAUAUCAGAUACCACUUUUCACAUGGGUAUGACGCAUUGCUGAAAUGCCAAGGUUCAACUUUACGACAAUGGUUGUCGAAUCUCAAUGCCAUGCACGAUCACAUUCAAAAAAGUUUCCCAGGCGGAAACUUUUGCCCCCCUGUCUUUUGGUGCGAAGACUCAGACUCAGAAAUCUACGAGGGAAGUAUUCUAUUACAUUACUACAGCCAGCGUGGAAAUCGGUUAGUAGCAUGGGUUGUGGGGAUCGUGAAGGAGCUCGCGUCCUACCACUUUGGGGUUGAGAUUGACAUGACUAGGCUAUCACUGCAGGACGUGGACGGUUCGAGUUUCACAACCUGGAGGAUAGUUGCUACUGAUCCGACACAAACCUGGAAGCUCUCUCCAAAGGUUUCACAAAACGUUGACGAGGAAGAGGUCAACUUCGAUGACGUGCCGUUGCCUGCCAAGUGCCCAUUUUCGGGGCGCAAGCUGAAGCAAACGACGAUUGAAAUCGAAGAAACCAAGAAAUCGACUGGAAAAUGUCCUUUUUCUCAUGGUCAAGACACCAAGACCUCCACCUUGGAAAAGGGUGACGAGUCUGAUGCUUCAAAGGGCAAGUGUCCAUUUCCUCAUGAACACAUCAAGAAUGACUCAGCUGACAAGACGGUCGAUACUGCUGAUAGCUCAAUGGCUAGCUCCGAAGACUCCCCUGGUGUUUCUUACGACAGAAUGAAGGGAAUUUUUCCAUUCCAUGUUCUGGUGAACAACGAUUUCCAUAUUGUCCAAGUUGGAUCGAAGCUUCCAAAGCUACUUCAGCGAAGGGCAAGCGAAAUGAUGGGAAGUCAUAUCAACACGUUUCUCGAGAUCACUAAACCGGUUCUUGGAACAUCAUGGAACUGGAAUAGUAUGAAGAAGCUGGCCGAUCAAAAUUUUAUCCUAUCGCCUUCGAUUGCUACCAAGCCUAAGGGUAAGAAGGUUGCCAUGUCAGAUGAUAGGAUCAAAUUCAAAGCAUCGAUGGUUGAGACAUCACGUGAAAGGGUCAUGUUCGUCUUGAGUCCUGAAGUUUCAAACGUCACUGAACUGAACAAUAUGGGCUUGACUCUAUCUGACCUUCCAUUGCAAUCCAACCAACGCGAUGCCGUUUUCUUGGGAGAAUAUGUGACGCAAGAAGCCGACAAGGCGCACAAGCUCGACAAGCUAAGCAGAAAGAUGGACGCGGAAAAGAAUCUAUCCAACACACUGUUGCAUAGUAUCAUCCCCCGCAAAGUUGCUGACGACCUCCGUCGGGGGAAAACAGUUGAUCCAGUCUUUCAUGAAAACGUGACUCUUUUCUUUUCUGAUAUUGUUGGGUUCACCAAAAUCUGUGACCAAGUGGAACCGUGGGAUAUUAUUGAUAUGAUGAAUCAGCUCUACUCAAUUAUGGACUAUCUUGCUGCGCAUUUCAACUUGUACAAGGUCGAAACGGUUGGCGAUGCGUACAUGUGCUGCUCGGGACUUCCAGAGCCCGAUGAAUUUCAUGCUGAGAACGUCACGAAUUUCGCCUUGGCUGUUAUUGAAUGUAGCAAACACGUCAAGUCACCACUUGAUGGAUCACCAGUGAAGAUGCGUAUUGGUAUCCAUACUGGCAGCUGCACCUCUGGAGUUGUUGGAACCAUGACGCCCCACUACUGUCUGUUUGGAGAUAUGGUGAAUGUAACAGCUCGCCAUGAGUCGACUGGUAUUGCUGGCAAGAUUCACUGCUCCAGUGCUUUGUUCAGUCGCCUCCGAACUUUCGCCAAGCUGGACGAACCACAGUACAACUUCACGGCCCGUGGUCUCGUAGAGAUGAAAGGAAAAGGACAACACUACACAUACUUUGUCGAGAGUGGAACCGAAUUCAACCAAGGGGGCAACUCCAAAGCGCUUUCUGAACUUUCAAAACACGCUGAACAAAUGAUCGCUUCGAAGACGUGGAAAAAGAGAAAAUACUUUCGCAAGGGAGGAUUGGUCGAUGAUCUUUCGGUUGCCGACCAUUCCAUGAGUUCUCAAAGUGAAAGUUCUGGCAGUGGACCAAAGGAAGAGAGCAGCUGUGGUCGAAUCGUCGCAUCAUUUUUGCCACAAGACAAAACGUAUGAGUCUGAUGAUGGGUCGAUUCAUAGUGAUGAUAGCCUCCUUGAAGGCGACAUCGAACCUGGUGAAGAAGACAUCAUCGAAGGCUCCGGGACUACAAUCAUUGAUCUAUCGGAAGAGCAGUGUUAUCACUUUGGCAAAAGCUGGGAGAGUAUCAAGUGGGACGAGACCUUGUCUUUGGAACAGUCGCUUGAGCGAAUCACAGCUGUGCUUUCAUCGUGUUUACAGCAGUGUGUUCACAAGAGCGCCAGCAGAAUGGAAACUGUUAUUGCCGAAUUGGAAGAAUUUGUGAAGCGAAUCGCCAUUCUCUACAAUGAAGAAAAUCCGUAUCACAAUUUCGAUCAGACAGCACAAACAUUCACGAGGGCAGUCUAUCUCUGGGAGGCAUGGGCGGCUUCUCGGAUUGAGAAGAACACGUCGUUUUACGACAAUCCUUGGGACCGUUUUGCCCUUCUUUUUUGUGUUUUGAUCCAUGGCAUUGGUCACCAGGGUGUGUCGAAUGCGCAGCUUGAAGCAGAGAAGCAUUUGUAUUUCCAAAUGAAUGAGGGCAAAGGGGCGUACCAACAACGUCAUGCCUUCAUCACGGCAUUUGAAUUACUUGAAGAAGAAUUUGCGGAUUUGUACGAGGAGAUCAUCUUUGGAUGCCCAAGUUUCCGUGGAUCUUUGCGGAAAUUGAUGCUGGCCACCGACAUCGAAACAGAAGAGAAGCUUUUGGCAGUUGUCGAAGAGUAUGAUGCCAUCACUGAGAAGGAAUCAGCGGCCGCCCGUGGAUUCAAAGAAUUGAACGACGCGAAACUCUGUCUAAUGGUCUGCACUGCGAUGAUUGGUCAUUACACGCAAUCCUACAAUGUCUUCAUCCAGCGAAACCGACUGCAGUUUGAGGAGAUUCUGAAAGCUUUUCGGAACGAUCGAGCGGAGGAUCCACGCGACAGUUGGUUUUACGAGCAGAACAUGUACUUCAAGAAUGCCGUGACGCCUCUUAUCACACGCAUGCAAGACGCAUUUCCGUCCCUUGACCAUAUCCAGAAAAUUGUCGAAACGAACACUAUUCUCUGGGGAGACACUGGAAGAGAAUGGGUUGCUGCUACCAGGCUUCCAGGGGCCAUUGUCGGCCGCGCUUCGGUGGAGAAAUAUUGCGAUAUGUCUGUGGAAAGUCUAAUCGCCAAUAACGUUGACAUCUUGGAGAAGCUGCUAAGGGACGUCGCUGCAUCUCAUGAUUCCGUGACUCCAUUUGACACAGCUCUUUCAGGGGAGUCUAUUCGAGCUACCAAUCCUGUGGACGAAGUCAAACUGGUGAUCGAGAUGAAAAAGGGAAAAGGUGGUGCCAAUUCGAACCAAGCUGCUCCAGAACUCAGUCCAGAAGCUCGGUCUGAGCUUCAUGACUUUGUUGUUCAAAUUGCCAGUGGAUACGAGAGCAACGAAUUCCACAACUUCAUGCACGCAAGUCAUGUUGCGCAUCUUGCAAAGCUUCUGCUGACCGGGAUCCAUGCCAAGGAAGGGUCCAAAGAUGCGAGCGGUAUUGCUUCUGAUCCGCUUGCCAAGUUUGCCAUUGUACUAUCGGCUGUGGUCCAUGAUGUGGGUCACAUUGGAAUUCCGAACGGUCAGUUGGCUGAUGAAAAUCCAGCUCUCGCCGAGAGGUACAACAACAAGAGUAUUGCCGAGCAAAACUCAAUCGACACAGCAUGGGCAGUUCUCAUGUCGGACAGUUACCGGAACCUCCACAAGUGUCUCUUUGAUUCGCCCCAGGAGAAAGAACGACUCCGUCAUUUGCUUGUCAAUUGCGUCAUGGCCACUGAUAUUUUCGACAAGGACCUUCGGGAAACUCGCAGGAUUCGGUGGGAAAAGGUCUUCCACGAUAACUCGGCUACCUCGUACGAGGACGAGUGCAACACAAAGGCGACGAUUGUCAUUGAGCAACUUAUGCAAGUAUCCGAUGUUGUGCACACAAUGCAAAACUGGGAGCUGUAUCGAGAGUGGAACGAGAAGCUGUUCAACGAAUUUUACGAUGCCUAUCGAGACGGACGGACCCCCAAGGAUCCAUCGACCAACUGGUACAACGGCGAGCUGUGGUUCUUUGACAAUUGGGUGAUUCCACUUGCUGAAAAUCUUCAAGAAUGCGGUAUUUUUGACAUUGUCAGCAACCAGCUCAUCAAGCAAGCCCGCAGUAAUCGGAAGCGGUGGGAGCUUGAAGGGAAGAGAAUUACUGAGGAAAUGACGAAAGCUGCAAUAGCACGGAACAAGGAACGAAGUGCACGAAGGACCUCGGUCACCUCCGGUACCUCUGCUAACUCGCUUGCCUCUGCAAGGUCACAUGGAAGUGAAUUGAUAUUGACGUCGCAUAUUGUCUCUGAGGUCGAGACCUUGUCCAAGGUCGUCAGGCGGUACGAGCGGAAAGUUCAGACUGCCUGUGGCAAUCUCAUCGCCAUCGCCUACAAGGGGCAACCAGGAUCUGAAGAGUUGAAGGGGCAACCCUGGGACAAGAUCCACAGCCACUUCAAGCAACAGGACUGGUAUCGGAUGCAUUCGGAUGAUGGCAUUAUUCGACACGGUGGAAGUGAAUCUCAAGACCCAUCUGGACGGGCGGGAAGCCGGAUGGUACAGACUUUGAUUGACGAUCUGGCGAAUGAACUGUCCAAGGUCGAGAAUAUCGUCAAGGGUUGA